AUGGCCGCUCCUGCAGACUAUCAUCUUCUUGCUACACUUAGAUACGACCCCCAGCUCCUCAACGCUUCAUGGAACACAGACGCAUCGCCGUAUCUCUUCCUGUCUUAUCAACUAGAAAGACUUUUGGAGGCCUCCCGGCUGCACAAAUGGCCCGUCCCUCAGGCGCUGUCUGAGGACAGCAUGAAAGCGCAUUGUGACAAUGCUGUAUCGGAUGCGGGUGGUGUGUCACCUGAGGCAGCGUACCGGGUUCGUGUUCUCCUCGACCACUCCGGCGCCCUCGCUGUUACUGCGGCCCCCGCCUUGUCUCUCUCCUAUCCGGAUCCAUUGGCCGCAUCGCUCUGGCUACCCUAUGUCGAUGCACAAGAUCCCCCACUGUUCGGCCAGAAAAUGCUCGAGAUAUGUCCUGAUUCUGCUCCGACGCUAUCAAACCACUCACCGCCCCAUUACACGGCCGCUCGGGACAGGUUCAGUCUCCCUGCGUUGCCAUCAGACUCGGUGUUGGACGUCCUGCUGUUCAACGAAGAAGGCAGCGUCACGGAAACGUCCAUACGAAAUAUCGCAUUUGUGCGUGGGUCUCCCCCUCGUUGGACCACUCCAGCUUCCUCCACGGGCUGUCUCGCGGGGUUGAAGCGGGGAUGCUGA